AUGCCCGUCACUGAAAUUACCAGCAAAGCCGACUUCAUGGACAAGAUCCUCGGCUCCGAGGAUCCUGCUAUCCUCGACUGCUACGCCGAAUGGUGUGGUCCCUGCAAGAUCGUCGCGCCCAAGCUUGAUGCAUGGAGCGAGGUCUACCCCCAAGUCAAAUUCUACAAGGUGGAUGUCGAGAAGGUUGAGGAUGUUGCACAGGAGCUCGGUGUGAGGGCGAUGCCUACAUUCAUGCUCUUCAAGGGAGGACAGAAGGUCACCGAGGUCGUUGGCGCAGUUUUGCCAGCCAUUGAGGAAGGCAUCAAGUCUCUGCUUUGA